AUGACACGCCUAACCUGGCUCCAGUCCCUCGAGACGGACGGAUUCGUCGUCCUCCCCUCCGUUAUUCCCUCCGAGCUUUGCGUCGAGUUCCAGCAAGAAGCCUGGGAGUGGCUCGAGAGUUUCCCUUACGGCUUCAAGCGCGACGACAAGAAUACUUGGAACGCCGAGUGUCUGCCUUACAGCACUACCGGCGGGCUGUACAACAGAUAUUCUGUCAACCAUGAGGCUUUCGUUUGGAAGAUCCGCACGCUACCCGCCAUCCGUCAGAUCUUUGCCGACAUCUGGGGUACCGACGACCUCAUCGCCUCUUUUGACGGUAUGAAUGCUUCUAUUCCUAUCAACGCUAGCACCGGUCGAACGGAUAUCAGCCCCACAAAGCCUUGGCCUCAUAUCGACCAGAACCCCCGCCAGGUAGCCAAUUUUCAGCUGUACCAAUCCAUCGCCUGUCUCUCCCCUUCAGGUCCUUCCGACGGCGGGCUCUGCGUCCUCUCAAAAUCGCAUCUUUUGCAUCAAAAAUACUUCAAAUCCAUCGGAGGGUUCAAGCCUGAUCAAGACGUUGGCGUAGCCGAGAAUGGGUACAACUAUAAGGAUGGGGAUCUGGAUUGGUACAAGGCGAGAGGAUGUGAGGAGGUCAAGAUCUGCGCGAAUGAGGGUGACUUGAUUCUUUGGGACUCGAGGACGAUCCACUGGAAUGCUUCUCCCACUGGCACCCAAACCCGAUUCGCGACGUACAUCUGUUACUCUCCCCAGACCCACAUGUCGCCGACAGAGUUGGAGAGCAAGAUCGAGAUAUUCAAAGCGCGCAAAGGGACGACUCACUUCCCUUAUCUCAACCGAGUCCCAGCAGAACGUCCCGGGUACUAUAAUGCCCUCCCUCGCCGACCUGAUGGAUCGCUUGAUCCUGCGAAUCGUACGAAGCCUAUGAAAGAGCCAGUGGAGACUGCAGAAGUUCUGAAAGCGGCCGGGGUGAGAGCUUGA